GCUCGGCGCUGGAGCGGCGCUGCCUGGCGGGCGCCAAGAUGGCGGCGGCGGCGGCCGCGAUGGCGGGCGGUGCGUGAGGAGCUCCCGCGGCCCCCGGCCCCGGCGGGAUGUGCGAGACCUACUCCCGCUGGCUGCUGCGGGUGUCGGUGGCGCAGAUCUGCCAGGCCCUCGGCUGGGACUCGGUGCAGGUCUCGGCCUGCGACCUCCUCACCGACGUGCUGCAGCGGUACCUGCAGGGGCUGGGCCGGGGCUGCCACCGCUACUGCGAGCUCUAUGGCCGCACAGAUCCAAUUUUGGAUGACGUAGGUGAUGCCUUCAAGCUUAUGGGGGUUAACCUGCAUGAGCUGGAAGAUUACAUCCACAACAUCGAACCUGUCACUUUUGCACAUCAAAUCCCUUCGUUUCCCGUCAGCAAGAACAAUGUCCUGCAGUUUCCCCAGCCGGGAAGUAAGGAUGCAGAGGAGAGGAAGGAGUACAUCCCUGAUUACCUGCCACCCAUUGUCUCCUCUCAAGAAGAAGAGGAAGAGGAACAGGUGCCUACCGAUGGAGGUACAUCUGCAGAGGCCAUGCAGGUCCCACUGGAGGAAGAAGGAGAUAUGGAAGAGGAUGAGGCAAUUAAUGAUGAGAACUACUUGAGUAAGGGACCGUUAGAAAGUCCUGAUGCCGAGGAAUUCCCACCCAUGAAACGGCCAAAACUAUCUGUUUCCAAAGGGGACACCUUGGACGUAACUCUGGAACCACGUGAGCCUCUCAGCUCAAUAAAUACUCAAAAAGUACCACCAAUGCUCUCUCCAGUUCAUGCUCAGGACAGUACAGACUUAGCCCCUCCUUCACCAGAACCACCGAUGUUGGCUCCCAUUGCAAAAUCCCAAGUGCCAACCCCCAAAACUUUAGAGGCAAAGCCGUUUGUACCCAAAACAAAGUCCAAAACAAGUUCUCCAGGACAGAAGACAAAAUCACCUAAAACUACACCCUCACCAGUGGUAGCUGGAAGCCCCAUACGUUCACCAAAAACUGGAUCCAAAGAAAAGAAGUCACCAGGUCGCGCCAAGAGCCCAAAAAGUCCUAAAAGUCCAAAGGUUCCUGCUCAUGUUCCGCAACCGCCGGUGAAGGCUGAAAUACCUAGUAGAACCCCUCUGGCUGCAUUAAGUGACAAGAUUGGAAAGGAAAACAUUCAAGUAAAACAAGUACAGGCACCACCUGAGCCUCCCCCCAAGCCAAAUAUUGACAACCAGGUGAAGAAAGCACCAGUAAUGGACAAGACCAUUGACGAUUCCAUCGAUGCUGUGAUUGCUCGUGCGUGUGCGGAACGAGAACCGGAUCCCUUCGAGUUUUCCUCUGGCUCCGAAUCAGAAGGGGAAAUUUUUACCAGUCCUAAAAGACUUUCUAUUUCAGAGACUACAACUCCUAAACCUUCUGUUUCUGCCAAUAAUGCAAAUAAGGCAGGAGCAACUCCAAUACCUGCCUCAGGUGGGACUUCAAGUUCAGACAUUUCAUGGACAAUGGAUGACUCAAUUGAUGAGGUCAUUCGGAAGGCAAAUAUGGGGACACCUUCUAAUCCACCCACCAACUUCACUUAUUUCUCCUCUCCUUCUGCGUCACCACCAACUCCAGAACCUCUUCUCAAAGUCUAUGAGGAGAAAACCAAGUUGGCUUCAUCGACAGAAGUGAAAAAGAAAUUGAAAAAGGAGCUGAAAACAAAAAUGAAGAAGAAAGAAAAACAAAAAGAAAAAGACAAAGAGAAGAACAAGGAGAAAAAUAAGGAAAAAGAAAAGAACAAGGAGAAGGAUAAAGACAAGGAGGGAAACAAGGAAGCAAAGUUUCAGUGGAAGGAACUACUCAAAGAGGAUGAUCCUGAUCCCUAUAAAUUCAAACUAAAGGACUUUGAGGAUGCUGACACAAAAGUAAAGUUGAAAGAUGGCAAUACCAAAAAAGAGAGAGAGAAACAUAAAGAUAAAAAAAAAGAGAAGGAGAAAGGCAAAAAAGACAAGGAUAAAAAAGACAAAGAAAAACUCAAAGAUAAGGGUAAGGAAGAUAAGAUAAAGAUGCCAUCAGCACCUCUUGUGUUACCUCCCAAAGAAAUGUCUGUGCCCUUGUUCAGCACACCAUCUGCCAUGAGGCUUCCCAGCAUGUUACCUUCCUUGUCUCCAAUGCUUCCUGAAAAACUGUUUGAGGACAAAGAGAAACCAAAAGAGAAAAAGAAAGACAAAAAAGAGAAGAAGAAAAAGAAAGAAAGGGAGAAGGACAAAGAAAAGGAAAAGAAGGAGAAGGAAAAGGAGAGGAAAGAAAGAGAAAAGAAAGAGAAAGAGAAGGAGAAACACAAACAUGAAAAGAUAAAGGUGGAACCAGUUGUUCCAGCUCCAUCACCGGUUAUUCCUCGGCUGACAUUAAGAGUGGGAGCAGGCCAAGACAAGAUAGUCAUCAGCAAAGUGGUGCCAGCUCCAGAGGCCAAACCUUCCGCUCCCGUGACCCGGCCCAAAACGCCUCCGCCCGCGCCGUCACCGGUGCCAGCUCCCGUUCACGUGACCCCUCCUCCAGCUCCAGCUCCUCCUCCUCCACAGGCCACCGUCUCUCCAGUCCUGAUCCCACCACCCUCUCCCGCCGUGUCGGCGGCCGGAGGCUCCAAAGCUCCGGUUCGGAGCGUGGUGACCGAGACCGUCAGUACGUACGUGAUCCGAGACGAGUGGGGUAACCAGAUCUGGAUCUGUCCUGGCUGUAACAAGCCAGAUGAUGGCAGUCCAAUGAUAGGUUGUGAUGACUGCGAUGAUUGGUAUCACUGGCCUUGUGUUGGGCUGACUGCCGCACCCCCAGAAGAGAUGCAAUGGUUCUGCUCCAAGUGUGCCAACAAAAGGAAGGAUAAAAAACACAAGAAGAGGAAGCACAGGGCGCACUGAGGACAGCACAGCGGACUGAAGUCGUGCGGUCGCCGCGGCACCUCCUGCCCUGACUCGGCUGUGGGAGGGAUCCAUCCUGCUCGUGUCCCCCUCCGCCACCGGCUGUUGGGGUUGUGUCUCUGGAGCGAAUCCGGGGCGAGGAGAUGCCCUCGCUCAGGGGCUGUUGGGUUCCACAGACCAUCCGAGCCCAGGGGAUUGGAUUUUGGCACAUUCUCAUGCUGUUGUUUCCCUUCCCAAGGGGAAUUUGCACAGAGCGCUGUGAAGACUUGGGUGGUUCCUGGUGCCGCUCCCGCUCCUGUGGCUCGGCAGCAACACGGAUGAAUGUUGUAAAUACAGAUAUCUGUCCUAUUCCUUCUCGAUUUGUUAUUAAGCCCUCUUGAACCUUUGCAGGAAGGUGCUGAGAGGAGGAGAAAAUGUAAAUUGCAGUAAGUUGUAAACUGAGACAACCUUCUGGAAUGAUUUCUGUAGUCUGGAUACAGUUCAGCCUCGACUCCUGCUGAGCCAGAUAAUCAUAAUGUGGAAAUAAAAAGUGGCUGGUAAAUAUUUUUGUGACGAGAAUAUAUGAAGCUUUUUUCCUUGAUUUUUAGUACUAACAUGAAAUAAACAUGUUCAAGCUUUUGUGAUAUAUCUUCUAUUUUUAAAAAAAAAAAAUUUCUAUUGUGUCGAUUUUUUUCUUCCGUGUGAAUUUCUUUUGGUGGACCUGUAAUAUAUUUUAUACUUUGAUUUUUGGUUGGUAUUUUUUUGUUUGUUUUGGUUUUUUCUUAGUCUUUGUCAACGUACCUUUUCAUGGCUUGUACAUUUCAUCGGUGUGUGAAAACACUUCUCCCAUUAAAAGAUUUUCAGAUGUGUAAAUACCUGAUAUUUAUAAAGUAAUUUUUUUUUUUAAUUAUUUUGUAGGGUUUGAGGAUUUUUGUUGUCGUUUGCCCUGAGAAUACAAACCUAGCAGCUACUGAAAGCCCGUGUGACACGGGCCCUGUCCUCAUGGCUGUGAGGGAUUGGCAAGCCCUGCCCCAGCAGUGCAUGCACGAGGAGACGGCCAGCACCGUAAUUAGGCCUCGAUUCAGAUACUUAAACAUGUGGUAACUUCUUAAGAAGUGAAUAAUCCUAUUGCCUUCAAGGAGCCUGUUCCCACACUUGGUUAUACAUGUGCUUAAAUGCCUUCUGAAUUGGGAGCUUAGGCCAGGGGGGCUCUGCACUUCUGGUGGCAGCUACAGCGUGUUAAUCUGUAGCUGGAACGGAGCUUUUUUUUCCUUUUUUUCUCCUUUUUUUUUUUUUAACAAAUAGUAGUGACUUUGCCAAAAGGAUCGGGAUCGUGUUUAGGUGGGGGAGAUGCAGAUGUGUUCCUCUGCUCUGUGUAUCCCCCUUGGAAAGACCAAUAAAGUGAACACAAGUCACAUUCCCUUUAGAAAAUAUGGGGGGAAAUUGCAGACAAAAAAAAAAAAUAAAAGUCAGUAUUAUAUAGUGUAGUGCAAUGGAUCUCAGAGCUAAAUAGGAAUAAAUCUUGAAAAAAAAUGUAGGCCUUUUGUUUUCUAAUCAAUUUUAGAUUUCGUUGCUUAAUUUGGGGAUAUUUCUACUUUAAGCCAUGCAGUGGGAACAUCUGAUGUUGGAGAAUAUAGCCUUUUAACCUAUUGUGAAGAUAUUUAGAGUUAUUUUUUAAAUGCAUCCAAAUUGAUAUUAAUGAGAAUGAAUUAGUCAUGUUUAUAAAAGUACCAGUCCAGUUAGGGAAAUGAGGCUUUGCUGAUAGAACUGUUAAAUUGCAAAUCAGUGGAGAUAUGGAUGAAAUUGGUUUAUUAAAAGUGCACUGUUACCUGCUUUGUUCGAUGCCACCUCGUUUAUAUUCCGUCCCUCCUAAUUACCAGUCAAGAAAGUUACUGGGUUUGACUUUUUAUUUUAUAUUAUUUUGAACUGUUGGCUGUUGCAAACCUGAUUUCUUGGGUUUUUCCACGUGUAAAUGUGCAGACAUACAAAAUACACCGUCUUUGGUCAUUUCUGGUUGCAAUAAUAAAGAAUUAGCUUUUGGUAA